UAGACAGCGGAAGCUUUUCAUAGUAACAAAGCAAUGAACGGGACCGUUCCGGAAGAAGUGGUGGCAGAGUAAAACCGAUAAACUCUCGGUUGUGUUUCUAAAGAUAAGUGUCAACGUGAAGUGAGUCCAAGUUUUUGUGAGUUUAUUUUGAACGUUUACGGCKGGUCUAAGCCAGCAUAGCCUACAGCGGGGAACUGAAAAUGGAGGUAGAAAAGGAAAUCAAGAAGAUGACCCUGGGCCACGAGAUCGGCGCCGGGGCGGCGUGUCUGAAAUGCAAGGACAAGUGUGAGGGGUUUGAGCUACACUUCUGGAGAAAGAUCUGCCGGAACUGUAAGUGUGGUCUUACGGACCACGAUGUGCAGAUGAACUCUGAUGAUAACAGGAAGGUGGGCAAGCUGUUCGAGGAUACCAAGUACACUGGCCUCAUUGCCAAGCUCAAAACUGACGGUGUACCCACGUACAAGGGCAACCAGGUCACCUUCUCCAUCUCUGCCAGCCCCAUAUCAGGAACCGCUAUUCCAUACAGUCCCCAAUCUGCCCACAAUGUGCCAGCCAAUGCUGGCUAUGGGGAUGGAGCUGGCUAUGUGGCUGGAACUGGGCCCAGGGCUGGAGCUGGUAAUGGGUCUGGGGCCGGAGCUGGGGCCGGAGCUGGGGCUAGCUAUGGUGCUGGGACCGGAGGUGGAGCUGGGGCUGGACCCGCUACCAUGCCCAAACCUGGGGCAAUCAGAGCCACUGCUGUGUCAGCCAAUGUCGUACCAGUCAGGAAGGAUGCCGUGCCCAUGAAGUCUGUUACCUACGAGUGGGCUCCUCCAGGGGUGAAACAGUACAUGGCGGUACGCUACAUCGAGCUCCUGCCCCCAGAGAGGCGUCCCAUAGCGGGCACGGAGGGUGCAGCCUACCGCCGGCAACAGAUGGCAGUGCAGCUACCGGAGCACGACCAGGAYCCGGCCAAGUGCCACGAGCUGACCCCUGCAGAGGUCAAACAGAUGCAGCAGUACGUCCGCAAGUACAAGGACGAGGCCCUGGGAGUGGGAGACAUCAAACUGCCUGAGGAGAUGAUGGGUCAGGCUCCGGGUCAGGAGGGAGGACCAGGACAGGGAGUUCAACCUGGGAUGGGGGCUGGAGGUUACCCUGGGGCAGGAGAAGGUGGACCAGGAGACAUGGGCACUGCUGCCACCGCUGGGGCCAUGGGUACUCCGGGAGCCCCUGGAGAUCACCUGGCUGGACCCUGUGGACACUAUUCGUGCCACCAGUGCCAGCUGCCCAUGCGUCAGGGUGAGCCUGCGGUGUACGCAGAGCGUGCUGGCUAUGACAAUCUGUGGCACCCAGCCUGCUUUGUGUGCUGCACCUGYUCAGAGCUCCUGGUGGACAUGAUCUACUUCUGGAAGAAGGGACAGUUGUACUGCGGACGCCACUAUGGAGACAGYGAGAAGCCACGCUGCGGGGGCUGUGACGAGCUGAUCUUCAGUAAUGAGUACACGCAGGCCGAGGACCAGAACUGGCAUCUGAAGCACUUCUGCUGCUUUGACUGUGACUGUGUGCUGGCUGGAGAGACGUACGUUAUGGAGAACAACAAGCCUGUCUGCAAGCCCUGCUACAUGAAGAGCCACGCCGCGGUGUGUACGGCCUGUCAGAACCCAGUGGAGCCCGAGGCCCAGCGCGUGUCCUACGGGGAGUUCCACUGGCACGCUGAGCCUCAGUGCUUCCAGUGCUCCUGCUGUGCUAAGUGUCUAAUUGGAGAGCGCUUCAUGGCCGUACAGGGAAUGCUCUUCUGCUCUGUCGAGUGCAAGAAGAAGACCAUGACCUAGAGAAGACCGUAGUGUACCGUACAGCAGCUCAACCUUCUCCGGCCUCCYGACCACAAUUGUAAUUUGAACUAAGCCUUGUCUAGAAUACAAACAAUAGUCUUAAAAUGAAAUUAUUAAUUUGCCUUGACCACAAGAGCUUAGCUAAUGAUUUUCAGUUUCUAAGUUCCUGAUGGGAUGGGGAAAAUAAUGCCUUAAAUCUAUUGAUUAGUCUUCUCUUAACAAGAUUCUCCUCUACAUCUUCUCUUUACAUGCACUGUUUUGUUCCACCUCUUUGUUUACUGAGAUUCAUUUGGUUGGCGUUUUGUUUCAGAACACUUUUCUUCUUCUGAGUUUAAAGCAGCUAUGAAUGAUUCUCAACUCUGUCUACUCAAGUAUUUUUUUGGUAUUGUAUCAGGAUCCCCAUUAGCUGUUGCGAAAGCAGCAGCAGCUACUCUUCCUAGGGUCCACAGAAAACAUGAACCUUGACAUAGUACAGAACAUUAGUAGGCAAGAACAGUGUCCUUCCUUGGGUUGUUCUCAAAUCCUGCUGCUUUCUCUCUAGAAUGUACUACUGAACUCUAAGCAGUAUUAUGAUUAACAAYUUCAGUGUAAUAGUAUUACAAUACGUGAUACUUUGUGCAGUAUUUCUGUUCUGCAGGAAGCAGCCUUUCAGUGUUGUAACAGACUGCACACUAUGCAAUGUGAUCAACUGAUUCUCUCCAACACAGUCCUGGAGAACCCCUGUGAACGCAGGUUUUCACAAGUGACUUUAUUAUGGACAACAUCACUGAAAUGUGAUGUCAUAUCUUCAGAACAUCUUAAAACGAUGAUGARGGACUUUGGAGGACCAAUGAAAUGAUCAGAAAUCGUCAAGUAGUUAUCUGUACUGUGGCGUCAACUUAUCUACUGCCUUCUCUCCUUCCUGCAGUCUUUUAUAUUAUAAUCGGUUUCCCUCGCAGUCUUCACAAUAAGUGCCAUUGGCUUUCCUUUAUUUCUCUUGCACUUUAUAUUUUCUCACACUGUAACAACCUAAUAAAGUUUUUUGCAAUGA